AUGGGGAAAGGAGCCCAUCUGGUGCUGAUUGCCAACAACGGCAUUGCGGCCGUGAAGUGCAUGCGCUCCAUCCGACGCUGGUCCUACGAAAUGUUCCGGAAUGAGAGGGCCAUCCGCUUUGUGGUCAUGGUGACCCCUGAGGAUCUUAAGGCCAACGCAGAGUACAUAAAGAUGGCUGACCAAUACGUCCCAGUCCCUGGAGGGAGUAACAAUAACAAUUACGCCAAUGUAGAGCUCAUCGUGGACAUCGCCAGGCGCAUCCCGGUCCAGGCCGUUUGGGCCGGAUGGGGCCACGCUUCUGAAAACCCCAAACUUCCUGAAUUGCUGCACAAGCAUGGGGUUGCCUUUCUAGGUCCGUCCAGCGAAGCCAUGUGGUCUUUAGGGGACAAAGUGGCCUCCACCAUCGUGGCCCAGACACUCAAGGUGCCCACCUUGCCAUGGAGUGGAAGCGGUUUGGUGGCUGAAUGGACUCCUUCGGAAGAAGAAGAAGAGGGUCCGACAAAGACCCUCUUAGUCCCACCAGACACAUACAGAAAGGCCUGUGUGAAGGAUGUCGAGGAAGGCCUAGAGGCUGCCAAGAGGAUUGGCUUUCCAGUUGUGAUCAAGGCCUCGGAAGGAGGAGGUGGGAAAGGGAUCCGGGUGGCAGAAACGGCUGAAGGUUUCCCUGCUCGAUUCCGGCAGGUCCAAAGCGAGGCUCCGGGGUCCCCCUUGUUUGUGAUGUGCUUCCUGCCUCAUUCCCGCCACGUGGAGGUCCAGGUCCUGGCCGACCAGUACGGCAAUGCCCUCUCCUUAUUCACCCGAGACGGCUCCCUCCAACGGCGGCACCAGAAGAUCAUUGAGGAGGCCCCCGCCUCGGUGGCCCCACCCUCCAUGGCAGAGAGUCCUCCUUCCUCGCCGCUGCCGGAAACCCCAUUGGCACAGACCAGGGCCGACCCCAAGGAAGCCCCCUCUGAGCCUACGGAGCACCCUGUUUGCCAAGGCAAGUCCCUGCAUCCCGAUGCAGACCCUCAGGGUCGGAAAGGGCCCCUGGCCAAGUUCGUGCUGGGCUCCUUUGAGGACAACUCCUCGGAUGAAGAAGAAAUGGCAGCCCAAAAGCGGAGAGGCAGCUUGGCCAGCGAUCGGACCUUCUCCUCCUCUUCUGUGAAUUUGGCUUCGGAGGUCGGCCUUCCCAUGAGGAGAAUGGAGUUAGUCUAG